AUGGCAUGCUUCGAUGAGUACAUCUCGGCUGGUGUCCACGACGGCAUCCUGCCGGGGGCUAUCCUCUACGCGAUAGACAAGUCAGGGAAAUUCAACUAUUCCAACAUUCUGAGCCCCAAUUCGCCGUCUCACAUAGCUCAAUUGAAGCCCUCAAGCACGCUGUGGCUCGCGUCGGCCACAAAGCUCAUCACCACGAUUGGCAUCCUCCAGCUCGUGGAGCGCGGGGUCGUGACCCUCGACGAAGACGUGUCCUCCCACAUCCCCAUCCUCGCUUCUCAGCAGGUCCUCACGGGCUUCCCAUCGCCCGACCGAAAAGCGCAGCCUGUCUUUGCACCCCGCGCGAAUCCAAUCACCCUCCGCCUCCUCCUCACGCACGCGGCCGGCACAACGUACAACUUUCUCUCGCCUGACAUCCAGCGCUGGCAGUCCCUCCACAAGAUCCCGCCCCUGUCCGGCGCCAACGUCGACGAGCGCUUCGCCUUCCCGCUCCUCUUCCAGCCGGGCGAGGGCUUCAGCUACGGCAGCGCCGUCGACUGGGCCGGCCGCGUCCUCGAGUCCCUCACAGGCACCUCCCUGCAGGCCUACCUCGACCGCCACGUCUUCGCGCCCCUCAGCCUCACGUCCUUCACCUUCCGCGAGUCCCGCGUCCUCGACGACGGCUCCCUCUGGCCGCUGAGCGUGCGCGACCUCGCCGCCGGCGCGGCCCGCCCCUACACGGGCCCGCACCUCAACGCCGGCCUCGACCCGGGCGCCGCGCUCGGCGGCCAGGGGCUCUACGGGCGGCUCGACGAGUAUCUCGAGAUUCUGCGCUCGCUGCUCGUCGACGACGGCAGGCUCCUGCGGCCCGCGACGGCGGCGCACAUGUUCAGGCCGCAGCUGGGCGGCGCGGCGCGGGCGGCGCUCGACCGAGCCAUGGAGGAUCCGUCGUGGGCCGUGGGGGAUUUCCCCGCGACGGGCGAGUAUGACUGGGGGCUUGGGGGCUUGCUCAUUGACGGGCAUGCGCAUGCGCAUCGGAGGAAGGGGGCGCUGAUGUGGUCUGGCGCGGCCAACAUUUUCUGGUGGAUUGACCGCGAGGCUGGCGUUGCUGGUCUGUUUGGCACGCAGAUCAUGCCGGCUGCUGAGCCCGUUACGGAGCAGUACAUCAAGGCUUUUGAGGAUGAGAUGUAUUCGAGGGUCGAGGCUUUGACGAGCGAGUCCAAGCUGAAAACUCGGCUGUGA